AUGGACUACCAGAAAAAGGGAUCCGGACUGCUCCACAUCAUUCCCUAUAAGGUCACCCAAGAAAACCAUGCACACCCACGCAAAGAGCUUUCGAGCACAUCACUAGAAUUCAAGAAUACGGAGCUUAAAGAAAGUGAAUUCGUUAUAUCACUCAUGACGCCUCCCAAGAAGAUUCAAUACCUUCACUACCGUUGUACCAUCACAGACUGUGGUCAAGAAUUCAAGAAUCACGACGAUCUAACCACACACCUCAUCGAACUGCAUUGGAACAUCGACCUCUCGAUGGCUCCUGUCCGUCGAAACUCAGGAGACAGUGCUGGCUCAAGCGUUACGAUGGAUUCCAACACGUCGGUCACUACGGCUGAAGUCAAGUCAGUCACAGGCAAGGAAGCCGAACCGACCUCGUCGCCAGUUCAAGAGGAAGAGGUUGUCGUUGGAAAGAUGGCCGAGGUGAGACCAGCUUCGAAGAGACGGGCUUCGAAGAUGAGUCGAAAUGCUGUGGCGAAUCCGGGUGCGAGUGAUUGGAGGAGUCAUUGA